GAAUGAGGAAGUGUGAGAGAGGGAAGGGUGACGGGGAGGAGGACCGCCUGUGAGGAGAGAGAGAGAGACAGUCAAAGAAAGAGACGAAGAGAGCGAGAGAGGGAGAAAGUCCAACACAGCUACUGAAACGUGUCAGCUGUUGGUUAAGGGAGGCUGAAGAAUAAUUAAGGGAGGCUGAAGAAGGGAGGUAGAGAGAGAGUGUAUGUAUACCAGUGGGGUUGAGAGACCUUCUUCUCUCCAGCGGAGCAGCAAGAUGAAGAGUUUCAUCACAAACACCCUCUCUGACUUCUUCUUCGAGUACGAGACCCCCCGUCAGGUGCUGGUACGGAACAGGAGGGUGGGGGUCGUGUGCCGAUUGAUCCAGCUGGGGGUCCUGGCUUACAUCAUCGGGUGGGUGUUCAUCUAUGAGAAAGGCUACCAGUCGUCAGACACGGCCGUGGGUUCCGUCUUGACUAAGAUGAAGGGGGUGGGAUACACCAAUGUGACCGGAGAGGAGAGGAUCUGGGACGUGGCUGACUAUGUCUUCCCUGUACAGGGGGACUCUUCUUUUGUGGUGAUGACCAACUACAUUAUGACCAAAGGUCAGAAAAUUGAAAAAUGUUCUGAGCCCCCAAACUCGAAGAAUCGAUGCAGCUCUGACGCAGACUGUGAAGGGAGUUCAGAACGUACGGGAGAUGGACAUAUGACGGGGAAGUGUUUGGUGAACACAACCAAGAUGUGUGAGGUGCUAGCCUGGUGUCCUGUGGAAGAUGACGGCAGUAUCCCAGACCCUGCGCUGUUGAUGUCGGCAGAGAACUUCACACUGUUCAUCAAAAACACAAUCAACUUUCCAGCCUACGAUGUUACGAGGUGUAACCUCGUAGAAGGUAUCGACAAUCAGUACAUCAAAAGUUGCCUGUAUGACCCAAAGACGUCCCCACUGUGUCCCAUUUUCAGACUGGGCGACUUGGUACAGAUGUCUGGCUUCAACUUCGCCGCCAUAGCCAAAGUGGGUGGGGCGAUUGGUAUCAUCAUUGACUGGACCUGUAACCUGGACCAUGACCAGUCAGACUGUAAACCGAUCUACUCCUUCCACGGUCUCUAUGGAAACCCCGACGAGGCAGACACGGCCAGAGCAUCUGUGGGCUACAACUUCAGGUAUGCAAAGCACUAUAUGGAGGACACACAGGAGAAAAGAACGCUUCUGAAAGUGUUUGGGAUUCGAUUUGACAUCAUUGUUCGUUCAGUGGCCAGAAAAUUUGAUAUCAUUCCAACACUAACAGCUAUAGGAUCUGGUGUUGGAAUCUUUGGAGUGGCGACUGUAGUAUGUGAUCUGAUUCUCCUGUAUCUACUACCCAAGAGGGAAUUCUACAACAACAUGAAAUUCAAGGUCACUGAAACGAUGGAGAAGGAACCUUUAGAUGAGUUCAAGUCUGAAAAAGAAGUAUCCAAGAAGCAUUCAGAAGAGGUUCUAGUGCAUCAUGAGGCACCACUGUCAGAGUCUUAGCCCCUACAGCAGCUGCCUGGAUCAGCUCAGUCUUAAGAGUGAUUCUGCAGAGGGGUCCUGACUCCUGGGCUCCAGUCUGCAGUAACAGCUGGCUGCGACUCCAACAGACUGACUCCAGACUGCACUGAGACAUCUUAAAGCAUAAAACAAGUGUGAUGGUUUUCUGCCUUGUGUUCACUCUCCAGCUCAAUGAUUCAACUGCUAUUUAAUUGCCUUCAAAUCCUGUCAACAGAUCUCAAACAAUGCCCUUCCGGCUCAAUGAUUCAACUGCUAUUUAUUGCUUUCAAAUGUCAACAGACCUCAAACAAUGCUCUCAGUUUAGGAUAUUUUUUUAUUUUACCUUUAUUUAACUAGGCAAGUCAGUUAAGAACAAAUUCUUAUUUACAAUGACAGCCUAGGAACAGUGGGUUAACUGCCUUGUUCAGGGGUAGAACCACAGAUUUUUACCUUGUCAGCUCAGGGAUUCGAUCUAGCAACCUUAGUGGCCCAACGCUCUAACCACUAGCCUACCUGCCGCCCCUACCCUCUAACCACUAGGCUACCCUGCCGCCUCUACACUCUAACCACUAGGCUACCUGCCGAGAUAGAUAGUUACGGAACAUUCUUUCAGACAGCCACCCUCCUUUGUUUGUCUAAUAAUAAUAAUCAGGGAGACAGUUUAAUCAUUGGAAUGUGAUACAAAACAAGGCAUCGAUGUGCUUUAGGAGCGCUGUUCUCUCAAUGUGUCAUAAUUAGAACUAUGUGUUAGUUUGUGUUAGUUUAGGGUUGGUUCAUUAACUGAAAGAAUAAUGCGUUUUAUAACACAUUCGUUACCUUAAAGUACCCUGGUUUAUUAAUACAUUUUAUAAUAUCUGUUUAUAACACAUUCGUUACCUUAAAGCCGUGGUCCACUCAGAAACAUUCUCUAUUUUCUAUGUGGACACAUUUCUACACAUUUUGUCAUGGGGUGCAGGGAAAAUGUUGCCGUUUUAAAGGUUAUUUUCUUGCAAUUCUAUACAUUUUGCCAUGUCUAAUGUGUAUAUUUGAGUGACUCUAACAUUACUACAAAAUCUCUGGGCUACAAAACGUUAGCUGACGUGGGCUAGUAGAUCUGGACAGUUUCUGACACGUUAUAAAUAUCUCUCUAAGGUCUGUAAUGACUGACAGGACAAGAGGAACUGAGGAUGUACUUCCCAAUAUAGUGUAUUCUACUAUUACAACUUUCAAGAGUAAGUUGAAAGCCGGUUUCCAACCUCUUCCAUCAGCACAGCACAUACCAUGUUGUCUUCAAGAAGCAGAAGAAUUAGAUGACUACUGGCGCGGGGUAUUCCACCUUGAAAUACUGUAAUAAUGACAUAUUUUUGAUCUUUAAAUCUUUCUCAUCAAUCAACAAGUUUGUGAUUGAUACGCAAAUUCAAUAAAACAUUGUUGACGGUU